AUGUCGGCGAAAACAUUGGUAACAAUUGCCAGCAUUGGCAGCGGUUUGGCUGUGAUUGCCUGUCUUUUUACUGUUGGAUACAUUUUCAAUGACAUCAACAACUUCUAUGAUGAAACUAUGGAUACACUUGAUGAAUUCAAGGUAUGUUUUUAGUUUAUUUUUGAAAUAGAAUUUUUUAUAUGGCUUUUCUAGAUGAACGAAAAGGGAGCUUGGCAUGGAAUGGUUGAAAAGACCAGAAUCUCAUCUGAUGUUUUGUUCGGUCGCGCUAAAAGACAAGCUUCUCAAUGCAACUGCGGUGCUCGUGCAAGUGGAUGUCCAGCUGGACCACCAGGACCUCCAGGACAACCAGGAGAUCGUGGAGAUGAUGGACAUCCAGGAGAGCCAGGAAAACCAGGAGUUGACGGAAUCGCUAUUGCUAUUUCAACCGGAGACAGCGCUUGCAUUCAAUGCCCAGCUGGAGAACCAGGACCAGCCGGAUCACCAGGAGCUCCAGGACCAGCCGGACCAGACGGACAACCAGGAGCACCAGGAGCUGGAGGAUCUCCAGGACCAGCUGGACCACCGGGACCAUCAGGAGAUGCUGGACAACCAGGACAACCAGGAGCCCCAGGACAACCAGGACAAAAGGGACAAGAUGGACAAAGAUCUAAUGGACUUCCAGGACCAGCAGGACCAGCCGGACCAGCGGGACCAGCUGGAAAUGACGGGCAACCAGGAAAUGCUGGAGGAGUCGGACAACCAGGACCAGCUGGACCAGCUGGAGCUAACGGACAACCAGGAUCUGCUGGACAACCAGGAACACCAGGACCAGACGGUCAACCAGGACAACCAGGAUCAGAUGCCGCUUAUUGUCCAUGCCCAGCCAGAUCGGCUGUUGUUCAACGCAAACUCUCGCACAGAAGAGUUUCCAAAGUUGUUGUUUAA